AAGGUAGUCGAAAUACUGCUGGAUAGCGAUUUGGUGUUUUUCGUGCGUUACUAUUGCGACAUGGCUUGUCCUACUUGGCUCGAAGCUCUGCUGGCGGCUAAGAAGAGGAUUGAAGUGCCUGAGAUCGUCUUUGAUCCCGGAAAUUUGCGGUUUUACCGCAGACUCCAACUGCUGGGAGAAGGAGGCUUUGCCAAAUGCUUCCAAAUGAUGGACAUUUUAAGCGGGGAGAUCUUUGCCGUGAAAGUUAUCCCCAUAAAGCACUCCGCUGGAAUUAAAGAGAGUCUCCGAGAAGUGGAGAUUCUGAAGACGCUGCAACACCAUCACGUCGUCAACUACUCCCAUCAUCUUGAAGAUGACAGAUUCCUGUACAUCUUCAUGGAGCUGUGCAGUAGGGGGUCGAUGCUCGACGUCCUACAAGCACGACAGCUUCUGAGGACCCCUGAAGUGCGGUACUACAUGAGACAGCUCAUUGGCGCACUAAAGUACAUGCAUGGAGAAGGCAUUCUCCACAGGGACCUCAAGUUAGAGAAUAUAUUACUAACAGAGAAAAUGGAGCUGAAACUGGCCGACUUUGGACUGGCAACGAAGCUGCAGCCAAUGGAGUCGAGGCAGAAAUUCUUUUGCGGCACAAGAGAAUACGCGGCUCCUGAAGUGUGGCAGAUGGAGGGACACGGCCCAGAGUCGGAUGUCUGGGCGCUGGGCUGUAUCAUGUAUACAAUGCUGGUUGGGGCAUACCCCUUUUAUGGCGAUACUGAGGAGAUCAGACAGAGUGUGACUCAAGCGGAGUACAUACUACCAAAGACCCUCUCCUCAUCAGCCCGGAAACUGAUUUCUUGGAUCCUUCAGAGGAAUCCACAGGAUCGGCCCACUUUGGAUCAGAUCCUAAGUCACAAGUUCUUCACUAAGGGCUUCACUCCUGAGGAACUUCCGUCGAGUAGUUACUGCAAGGUACCAACAUUCAGAUUGGCUAAUCGUGUGAGGAAGUUCUUUGGCAGGCUGUUCCAGCGCCUGUUUAGAAAAAAGAGAUCCAAAGACAUGGCCAGUGCUGAAUCUAAACAGGAAUUCAGCAAAGAGACCAGCAGUUAUUUGGUGUAUAGCAGGGGUGUCCAAACUUUUUUUAGUGAGGGCCACAUAAAGAAAAAUAUUCCAAGGGCUGGGCCAACUUACUAGGUGUGAGGUAUAUCGGCUCAUCUCUUGUGUAUUUAUGUUCAAUGAAAUAUGGUCAAUAAAUGAUAAUAAUGAAAUGUGUUUAUAUCAUAUCGUGUGCCGCGCCCCCUCGUUACGUGGUGUGGAAUCCCUGUGUUUAGCAGCUAUUUCUCACUUUGGUUAAUUAGUGCAAUGUAUUUACAUAAUGUAUUGUUUUCCCCAGUCCGGUCAUUGACGUUGUGUGACGUCGUUUCAUGUCUCCGAGUGUGUUCAACCCGGAUAAAUCCCACAUUACCCUUUUCCACGGAUCCCUGCUCCUCUUUCCCUGUUCUGUCACGCAACGUGCAGGGAGCCGUGGAAUCAGGUAAUGUGGGAUUUAUCCGGGUUGAACACACUCGGAGACAAGAAACGACGUCACACAACGUUAAUGACCUCUCUUCUGUUCAACUAUAUUAAAACAGGCCGACAUGUAUAUACACAUACGUUCAUAUUGCUCUGUAACCCUGUCACCUUUGGUAUUUUUGCUGUACCUAAACUGUAGAUGAGUCUAUUCAAUGUGGGCACUCAGGUCUACUUCUGUGGCACCAGGGGGUCCCAUGUCCUUUAACAUAGUCGGUGCUUCCGUUCGUGUAGCAAAUGUCUUUGUCCCGGAGUCCAGGAACACCUUAAGGGUGACUCUGCUUUCACGUUUUUCUCCUUUAAUUUUUUGAUGACGUCCCUCACUUCUUUUCUCCGUUGUGUAGUCUUCAUUAAAGUAGGCAGUCUUUCCCUUGUAUGUGAUCUUUUGUUUCCAUGCCUCCCUUAUAACGUGUUCUUUCACUUUGUAGUGAAACAUGCCAUGUAUUCGCAUGUUGUUGCGUCUCAUUCUCCAUUCCAGAUCUUUGCACUUAGCAAAUAACUUUGCAGUUUCUUGGAGUAACAAAGUCGUGGUGCAUUCUGUCCGCGUCAUUCUGUCUUUUGUAUUUCCCAGUUUAUCCUCCAUGUGCACCGAUCUUUGUUCCAGGACCGCUGUUCUGACCACAAGUUCUUUGAUAUUAGUUUCUAAUCUUGCCAAUGUUCUCUUGUUUUCUCCUGCCGCUUCGGUAUGUUCCUGUCGUAGUUUGCGUGACUCAUUUAGUAUGAUGGAGUCUUGCUCCUCCCUAACAGGAACCACACAUUGCGGCUCCACACUCGCCUGCCCCGCUGACUCGGUACCUUUUUGUUUUGCACCAUCCUCUUCUCCCUUUUUUCUAUCUUAGCCAUAUUUUCCAAAUAUUAUAUUUGUCUGCUUAUUCCCUAGAUGUCUCACACUCUGCCGUUUUUACUUUAUGAGUUAGUGGGGGGGGCAGGGUGGCUUUUGGCGCUGGCGGUGCCCUGGGGUGUGGUUGCCGGGGGCCCCGGGUCUGCUCCUUCCCGCACGGCGGUGGGGGGCUGGGGUGCCUACUGAGCCAGCUGGUUAGCUGGCUCUCUUUUGCCAGGGGGUGAGCAAUCUGCCCCCUGGCCUUAUGAAUCCCAGCCCUUCUCCCCCCUCAUUCACAAUAUGCCACGCACACAUGUAGGGCCUCGGGGGGGGGGUGUAUGUCGUGCAUACUACGAUGGGGAUGGCCAUUUAUACUCCAAUCUUACUCACACCAUGUAUAUUAAGGGUCUUGAUGAGGGAGUGAUGUGGAGGAGAGUUGUUCACAAGCAGCCCUCCUCUACGCUUCCCCCAUCAAUUUUAAAUUCAUCUUAGUUUCUCAACAGUCAUACUCAUCCCCUACACUACAUACAGUCUCACACAUCUCCACACGCAUCUAACACUCUACCUCUCACACAGGUGCAUGGGGGAGGAGAGUGGAAGGGUCUUCCUACACCCCUGCUCUCCACCGGGGGUGGGGGGCCGCUUGGGUGGUAGCUCGGUUGGCGGCGCCCUGGGGUCGCGGCUGGCGCUGGGAGUUGCAUCCGUUCUCCCGCAUGUCGGAGGGCAGUCCAGAGUGGAUGGGCCUGUGUCUUUGUGUCUCUGUGUGUGGGUGUCUGUGUAUGUUGUGGGGAUGUGUGUAUGGUGUAUGUGCAUGGCUGAGAGGUGUGUUUGCGGGGUGUCUGUGUGGAUGGUGGGGGCCUGCGUCCGGGGCUUGCUGCUCCGUCCGGGAUGCGGUUUGGUCUCCUGGCCAUGGUUGCUGGCCCCUUUCCUUGGGGUGGUGGCCCGAGGGGGGGCUCGGGCCUCUCCGGCGUGGGUGGGGCUCUCUACCAGGGGCUGGUCGCACCCAGCCGCCUGGGGUCCUAGGGGCCCUGGCCUUGGCUCGUACGGGAGCGGCCACGCCCUCGCAGGGUCGGCUACCUGUUGUCUCUGCUUCAUACAGCCACAACACACUCUCUUGUCCCUAAUAUAUGCCCUUCUCUCUUACAAGGACAUUUUCAUGAGCUUUGGACAUUUGAUGAGAUUUUGAGCUUCUUGGCACAAUAUAUGCUUACCUGCUCGCUCUUUACUGAUUGGUCAUCACUCAUUUGUAUUAUUUCUCAUUUGUUAUAGGCUUCCAAUCUAGCGCGAGCUGCUUUCACGUUCUUCUCAGCCUGCAGGCGUUCGAGCUCAGCUCUUUGCCUUUCCAUUUCUAUUUCAUUUUGAGGUGAUAUGUGAUGAGGAUGAGGAGAGGGAAGCUGUAGUGAAUUAGUGAACAUAGAAAGUGCAUUGUUGAGCUUGCAGGCUGGGUGUCAUUUACUUAACUCUCUUUUCUCACACAGCCCUCACUUGUUAUCUUGCAUUUCUUUGGUUUUGCCAUUUUUUUUUCAAAUUUUUCUUUGCUUGUUUGGUGUAGAAGUUGUAUUCUUUUAAACAGCACCAUCUAGUGUCCAUUUUCAUUUGUGGACCAUAUUCCAUUAUGUUUUUGGAAUUUGAUGUUGGCCAAUUAGAAAUGGACAGUGGGCCGUAGUUUGGACACCCCUGGACUAUAGUGAAACCCAGCUGCAUAACUGCUGCCAAGUCGACCCCGGGACAGAGACCGCGCCCCGUGGUCUUACGCCUUCAUCGCUAC